AUGGUACGCCAAUCUGGUGGUGCUCUCCAUCUCUCGUCUAUGGGUGAUUCCUCCAAGUCGGAUCUCUCUGUGCCAGGGGGUCAUAAGCCACCCAGAGCCUCAGUGGCUCCAGUUGACCGUCUGGCACUUGAGAAGGUCAUCAUGAAGAGGGACCGCCUGUCAGAUGAUGUGAUUGGGACAAUCCAAGCUUACAGAUGGUCAUCCACAUCCCGUAUUUAUGAGGCAUCUUGGAGGGCAUUUUGCACCUGGUAUUCCAAACACCAUGUUGAUCCGACAUCUGCGGAUAUACCAGACAUCCUUGACUUUCUUCAGGCGGGAUUGGAUAGAGGUUUGGCUUCUUCUACUCUCCGGCGGCAAACCACAGCAUUGUCAACCGUUCUUACCUGCCCGCCUUACCAAUCCCUGUCACAUCACCCUCGGAUUCGAGGUUUCCUCCAUGGCGCCAUGAAUCUACAACCUCCUACGGUCCAUCGAUAUCCAUCUUGGGACUUGCCGCUUGUUCUACAAGCUCUUACCUUGCCUCCAUUUGAACCAUUGGGUUCCAUCGCUCUCAAGUUCCUUUCAUUCAAGGUGGCCUUCCUCCUGGCUAUUACAUCAGCCAGGAGGGUUUCAGAACUCACUGCCUUGUCAAUUAGGAAGGAUCUCUGCAUCUUUCAUGCCAAUACUUUGAUUCUCUGGCUGGACCCUGUGUUUGUGCCCAAGGUGAACUCCUGGUUUCACCGGGCCCAGGAGUUCGUUUUACCGGACUUUUGUCCGUCUCCCAGACACCACCGUGAGAACGUUGGCACACGCUGGAUGUGCGGCGGGCUCUUCAUCAAUACAUACGUCGCACAGUGUCCUUUUGCUGGACUGAAGCUCUUCUAG